UUCAGUUAUUUUCUACUCCUGUUUGUGAUGUUGAUCUUUAUAACUAAUUCUUUUCAACAUGUUGUUGCGAAAUCAUAUCUAAAUACUUCUGAAAGACAUUCAAUUAAUUCAAGUUCAUAUGAAGCAUUUUCUCUCUUAAAAUGGAAAGCAAGUCUUGAAAAUGCAAGCCAAACACUCCUUGCCUCUUGGUUGGUUACUAGCAAUAGUACUAGUCCCUGUCAUUGGGGUGGCAUUUCUUGUGAUAAUAUUGGAAGAGUUAAUCAAAUAGACUUUGCACAUUAUGGUAUUAGAGGUAAUCUUAACCAUCUAAAUUUUUCUUCUUUUCCCCAUCUUCAAUUAAUUAAUUUUUCCAAUAACUCACUCAAUGGUACAUUUCCAAGAAACAUAUUCAAUCUUUCAAGAUUGAGUUUCCUAUAUUUGAGUUCCAAUCAUUUUUCUGGAGAGAUUCCACAUGAAAUAGGAUUUGUGAAGAAUCUCAAGCAUUUAGACUUGUCGAAUAAUCGCUUUAUUGGCUUCAUCCCUUCAUCUAUUGGUAACUUGACUAAACUUGAGAUAUUAUUUUUAUCUGUUAAUGAACUCUAUGGUCCUAUUCCUCCAAGUUUUGGUAACUUAAAAUCCCUUGUGCAUUUGUGUUUGCUCAGAAAUAAACUCAAUGGAUCACUUCCAAUAGAGCUUGAAAACCUUACACGCUUGCAAACUUUUCAAGUAGCAGAGAACAAUCUUUCUGGUUACUUGCCACAAAAUGUGUGCCUUGGUGGAUCACUUACUAAAUUCAUAGUAUACGAUAAUGGUUUUAUUGGUAAUGUCCCUAGAACCUUGAAAAAUUGUUCUACACUAUCUAGAGUUAGGCUUGAUGGUAUCCAAUUAUCUAGCAACACAUCAGAAGCUUUUGGUGUCUAUCCAAGUCUAGUUUACAUGGAUUUGAGUCACAAUAAACUAUACGGUGAGUUAUCGUCACAGUGGGGUCCUUCUCAUAAUCUAACAAGUUUGAAGAUCUCCAAGAACAACUUGUCUGGUGUCAUACCAGUUGAGAUAGGAAAUCUGACUAAACUAGGAGUGCUUGAUCUCUCUUCAAAUCAUUUGACCGGCGAAAUUCCUACAAGUUUGGAGAGCCUGACUCACUUGUUGAUACUUGACUUGCAUGGAAACAAAAUUUCAGGAGAAAUACCUAUAGAAGUGGGAAAGUUGAUCAAGCUUACAAGACUUAACUUGGGUGCAAAUAAUAUGGGUGGCAAGAUUCCAGGAGAAAUAGGUAAUUGUAGGCAGCUUUGGAACUUGAAUUUAAGCAAGAACAUGCUGAACACAAGUAUUCCUUCUAAUUUGGGAAAUUUGCACUCCCUAGUGUAUCUUGAUCUCAGUGAUAACAUGCUCAGUGGUGAGAUUCCGGGGCACCUAGGAAAUUUGCGAAGUUUGGAAGGAAUGAACCUUUCGCAUAAUAACUUGUCUGGUUCAAUCCCGCCUAGUUUCAAUGAACGUGUUAGUUUGAGGUCAAUCGAUAUAUCUUGCAAUCAAUUGGUCGGUCCCCUUCCCAAGAUCAAGGCGUUUCAAAAUGCGUCGCUUGAAGAAUUAAGAGAUAACAAGGAUUUAUGCAGCAAUCAUACUGGUAUGACAUCUUGCUCUUCAUUAGGAAAAAAGGCGAGAACAAGUAGAAAGCUUAUAUUGACGUUAACUCUGUCUCUUAUCUCAGUUGCCCUGCUUCUACUUGUGAUUACUAGUAUACUUUUUCUAACAAAAAGGAAAAGAAAUGUUAGUAUUCAGCCUAGAGAACCAUCCAGCAAUUCUUUUUCAGUUAAGAGCUUUGAUGGAAAAAUAGCAUACGAAAACAUAAUUGCAGCAACGGAGAACUUUGAUGGCAAAUAUUGCAUUGGGAGGGGAGGACAUGGAAGUGUCUAUAAGGUUGAGUUACCAUGUGGUCAAGUUGUUGCGGUGAAAAAAGUUCAUGCUUUAGAAGAUGAAGAAUCUGAUGACAACUUGAAAGGAUUUUCAAAAGAGAUACAAACUCUAGUAAACAUCCGCCAUCGAAAUAUUGUGAAGCUUCAUGGAUUUUGUUCACAUGCGCGCCAUUCAUUCUUGGUUUAUGAGUUGUUGGAAGGAGGAAACUUGUCACAAAACCUCAACAAUGAGGGUAGAGCAAGAGAUUUAAAUUGGUUCAAGAGGGCUGAUAUCGUCAAGGGGGUAGCAAAUGCGUUAUGUUACUUGCAUCACGCGUGUUCACCUCCUAUAGUUCAUAGAGAUAUAUCAAGUAAUAAUGUUCUGUUAGAUGAUGAAGGCAAUCCCCAUGUUUCUGAUUUUGGCACUGCCAAACUCUUAAGGCCUAACUCCUCCAAUAGGACAUUGUUUGCUGGAACUUUUGGCUAUGUAGCUCCAGAGCUUGCUUACACAAUGAAGGUAAAUGAGAAGAGUGAUGUUUACAGCUUUGGGGUGCUAUCACUAGAAGUUAUUUUAGGUCGUCAUCCAGGUGAUAUUAUUGCAGCUAUAUCAUCAUUUUCGCAAACAUCAAGCGCCAGUGGAACACUGUUAAAGGAUUUGAUUGACAAACGUCCACUAGCUCCUGGAAAACAAGAAGCAGAAGAAUUGAUCAAGAUCAUUAAACUAGCAUUUGUGUGUCUUCGUCAAAGUCCUCAAGCUAGGCCAACUAUGAAGCAAGUUUGUGCAUCUUUAUCAAAAGAAAAUUUGCCUUCUGGAAGCUUGAUCACCACUGUUACAUUAGGCCAGUUGCUUGAACCAGCACUACUAAUAUGUUGAUCUUUUUGCAUACCUUUACAUUAUUGUAUUUGUUAUAUGAAUUUAAUGUGUUACAGUGUUAUUGCUGACAAUAUAAAUUACUUCAUGUGU